AUGACCAUUGCAUCAAUAGAUAAUAUAGACUUGAGCAGUCAAUUCAUAGAUAAUCACAAGUCGAUAGUUCUUCGAUGUCCUUUUCAGAAUUGCAGAACGCGAAUAAUUCCUUAUUCGAAUAAACUUCAAUUCGUCGAGAUAAAGAAUGCUCCAAACUGUGUUGAGAUUAGCAGAUACUCGUCAGAGUCAGAUUCUACUCCUGCGACUCCACAACUUCCCGCAAAUUCAAAGGAGUUUUAUCAAGUCAAUGAUGUUUGGGAUUUUGACAAUAUUGGAGUUAGCAGACCAUCUAAAGAGUUGCUUCAACGUGAACCCAUAGUUGCUGCAAAUGAUGAGCACAUUGAAAUAGAACGCUUAUUGAUCUGUAGUGAAUGUGAAAAAGGACCCUUGGGAUUUGCAGGUAUUUUGAAAGGAGCGGAAAAGGAACAUACAAAUCUUCAGUACUUUCUUGGUCGUGAUAGUGUCUUAUAUGAUUAUUGA